AGGGGCGUGGUUACAUGUCAAUGUUUAUGUAGCCUGUUUAGACGCGACUGCGAUUUUUCUUUAAGAAGUAUAUCAUUAUCUAUCCUUUGUCCUGUCUAGAAAAUGCCACUGGAUUACUAAUUUUAGUGUUGUAACAUACAAGCUCGCACAGCAUUUGGAAUGGAUGGUGCCAUUGGUUUAAAAGGAUGUCGGAAAAUUCGAGGCUCUCAGAUAAGACAUUUACUUGAGGCAAAGGAUUUUUUCCUUUUCGAUUGUGAUGGAGUAAUUUGGCAUGGUGAAAAAGCGAUAACGGGAGCUCCAAAUGUGGUAAAUACGUUGAUUAAACAGGGCAAAGGUGUGUUUUUCGUAACAAAUAAUUCUACUAGGCCGCGCGAGAAUUACGUUCACAAGUUCUGCCGACUGGGCUUCACCAACGUGAACCAAGAACAGAUAUUCAGCUCGUCCUACUGCUCUGCGAUCUACUUGAGAGACGUGGCCAAGGUCCAGGGCAAGGUGUUUGUCAUCGGAUGCGAAGGAAUCCGGAACGAGUUGAGAGAGGCAAACGUUCCAUACCUAGAGGAGGUCGACGAACCAGACGCCACCAUUUACAACUGCGCCUUACCCACUGAUGUCAAAGCGGUGUUAGUUGGUCAUGAUGAUCAAUUCACUUUUCUGAAAUUAGCCAAAGCAUCGUGCUUCUUGAAAGAUCCAGACUGUUUGUUUCUUGCCACAGACAAUGACCCUUGGCACCCAUUGAAAGAUGGAAGAAUAUUACCAGGCUCUGGAUGCCUCACUGCAGCACUUGAAGUUGCCACCGGGCGAAAGGCUACAAUCAUUGGCAAGCCCAGCCGUUUCAUGUUUGAGUGCAUUUCCAGUCAAUUCACAGGUGUGGACCCGGCCCAAUGCCUGAUGGUUGGGGACCGCCUGGAGACAGACAUGCUGUUUGGCUCUAACUGUGGUCUGGAGACUAUGCUCACCCUUACUGGCAUAUCUCAAAUGGAGGAAGCUGAAGAAUACAGCAGAAGUGAACAGUCCAACGAGCAGUGCUUUGUGCCAGACUAUGUGGUCGACACCAUUGCAGACUUCUUACCUGCUUUCGAAGAACUGGACUGACUGACUGAAUGCAUGGAGGUCUUCUACACUGUAAGGACGGUGGAUGUUGUGAUCUAAUUCAUUGCAAUAUGAUCCUGUGUUCUGAAUGGGCCAGGGGGGGGGUCUGAAUCAAAUGGUUUGCUGGUGACACUGCACUGAUUACAUAAAAUUAUGAUUGGUAUGUAAAGAACUGUAACAGUGGUGUUAUUUUACAAUCGUAUGUACAUAGGCACAGAUUUUUGUGAAUUCAUUACAGCAAGAAUAGUAUAUGCUGCAGUUCCAAGACAGUCCUAUUGUUCCCAAUACCUCAGCAUUGACGGCUGUUGUGCCAAGUUGUGGCUUUAUAAUAUCUUAGUUAGUGUUCCUUUGAGUGCGCUCACUGGUUCAAACUGGAUCAUGGGUUGUGUGUAAUAUGAACUGUUUUGUGAGGGCACAUAUCUGCCUGUAUUGUUUUUGAACUGUGAUGGCCCUAAAGGAAAAGCAACAUACUUAGGGAUGUGGAAUUUUCUUUUUAAUUAGUUUUAGAAUAGUAUUUUUCCUUAUUCAAAACUAUGCGCCGCAAGAUGAUAAAAAUUUGGUCUGGCUAUUGUACGGUUGUAAUCUGACAUGUGCAUGUCUCAACUUUUGUUAAUUCUUGUGCCAAUAUUAACAUGGGUUAUGAAUCAGUUCAUUACUUUCUAAGAAGACACGGGACAGACUUGCCAGUUGUAAUAGCCUAUGUUCAUGUCUUAGCUCAACUAGCACAAUAAAUAUCCUGUGUCACAAA